CUCAAGGAGAGAAAAAGAGAAGUUGGACGGAGACACAAAACAUCAACAUAUCUUUGCAAACUCUCUUUUUGGACAAGGUAUCGAGCCAAAGACUCUUCGUUUGGAAUGGGUUCUUAUAUUUUUAGGCCUUUAAAGGGCAUAAAUUAGACUUGGGCUUGGAAUACCGUCGUCACCGGAGAGCAAAAUCCACCCGUUACAAACAUUUUGCGAGUUCGGUGAUCCUGCGUUUGCCGCCCGGAGGAGUUUUUAUUUGUCCUCCGUUGGAUUUGCAGUGAGAGAGAUGAGUGACAGGAGACGAUCCGCCGCCGCGCUGAGUUCACGAGCGCACGCCUUUUCGGUAGAAGCACUGAUCGGGACGAACAAGAAGCGGAAGCUCCGGGGCUGGGAAGAAAAGGAACUGGAGCUGUCUAUGGAGAGCCUCGCGACCAACGGACAAUUGGAAGACGGCGAGGACCCUGCUAGUUGUCUGGAUAUCGAUCCGGAUUCGGAAGCCAGCCCGGGCUCUGACGGCGAGGGCCUGGCAGAGAGUACGUCCUGCUCGUUCGGCUCCCCUGCGGACCUGACCACUGCCGCCUGCGACCCUUCGCCCUCAGCCUCUAUGGAGGAGAUCCAGGUGGAACUGCAAUGUGCAGACCUAUGGAAACGCUUCCACGACAUUGGCACAGAAAUGAUCAUCACAAAGGCAGGAAGGAGAAUGUUCCCUGCAAUGAGAGUUAAAAUUGUGGGACUGGAUCCACAUCAGCAGUAUUACAUCGCCAUGGACAUUGUACCGGUAGACAACAAAAGAUACAGGUAUGUGUAUCACAGCUCAAAGUGGAUGGUGGCAGGAAAUGCAGACUCCCCAGUGCCCCCCAGAGUCUAUAUCCACCCAGAUUCUCUGGCUUCUGGAGACACCUGGAUGAGACAGGUGGUCAGCUUUGACAAACUCAAACUCACAAACAAUGAGCUGGAUGAUCAAGGCCAUAUCAUCCUGCACUCCAUGCACAAGUAUCAGCCCCGUGUCCAUGUGAUCCGGAAAGACUUCAGCAGCGAGCUCUCUCCAACCAAAUCAGUCCCCAAUGGGGAGGGUGUGAAGACGUUCAGCUUCCCAGAGACUGUCUUCACCACAGUCACAGCCUAUCAGAACCAACAGAUUACCCGUCUGAAGAUCGACCGCAACCCAUUUGCCAAAGGAUUCCGGGACUCAGGGAGAAACAGGACUGGGUUGGAGGCAAUAAUGGAGACGUAUGCUUUCUGGAGACCCCCAGUAAGGACGCUGACCUUUGAGGACUUCACGAACAUGCAAAAACAGCAAGGAGGGAGCACUGGCACCUCUCCCACUACCUCUAGCACUGGCACUCCAUCUCCGUCUGGUGCGACACACCUUCUCUCCCCCUCCUGUUCCCCUCCUACUUUCCAUCUGUCCCCCAACACCUUCAAUGUGGGCUGCAGGGAGAGCCAGCUGUGUAACCUGGGCUUGUCCGAGUACCCCGCUUGUUCCAGAAGCAACAUGGCUCUGCAGGGCUAUGGAGGACUGGCGGACGGCACCUACGGCCGCCUCCAGACAGCAGGAGGUGCAGUACCCUCUGCUCAGGCCUCAGAUACCUUCUUGCCUCAGAGGACUUCCUCUCUUAUCGCUGUUGGGAUGCAUGGCGGGGCCCACGCCUCAUUGGCUGCCGGUAACAGCAGUGGCGGCAGCAGUGGGGGUAAGAUGGAUGCAUAUGGAAGUCAGUUGGCCUCUUUUCCAGCGUCCCAGCUGCAGUAUGUAAUGCAGGCAGGGACGAGCUCCGCCUCCGCGUCAACAGCUUCAUCAGGCACCUCCCCUUCCUCUGCCCACAUGUUCCCUGGGAGCCAUCAUCACGUGCAGCAGAGCACAUAUAAUGCAUUUUCCCUUCACAAUCCCUACAACCUGUAUGGAUACAACUUCCCAGCUUCACCGCGCCUGGCAGCCAGCCCGGAGAAGCCUCAGGGUGGCUUACUGUGCUCCUCCUCCUCUGCCGGAGCAUUUGCUGAACGACAAUACCUGUCCAACAGCAGUAUGGACAGUAUGCACAUGAUCAGCAACCCCACUGGCAGCCAACAGGGUGCCAGCAGCUGUGAUGGGCGCCAGUACGGCUCCUCUUCUCAGAUGUCCAUGCACAUGGUUUGAAAAAAUUGAAAAAAAUAAUGAAAAAAAUAAACCCAAAACAGAUCAAAACACCAAACAUAAACAGCUGCUGCAGUUGUUUUGCUCAGCUUUACAGGGUUUUCAGUGUUUUCAUGAUUCAGAAUGUCUGAAACAUUGGUGUAAGCACAAAGCAUUUCACCAUUGUUCUACUGCCUGGGAGAGCAGCCGUUUCAAUGUGGUGAUAGUAUAAAAAAGACUUAUUGUCUCAAUACGCACUUACCUUAUCACUCAUCAGACUGAAUGCGAGUGAAAGCGUGACUUGUGUUCAUCUCUUACAUGAUAUGCUGUCAAAGCAAAUGGGUAUACAGACCUUUCCAACUUGACUGUUGUUUUUGCUGACCUGCCAACCUCAACAAUGUGCAAAACUGAACUGAAUCAAAUGAGGCUCAGUUUUUCAGAAGAUGUUCUUAAUGGAUGCUGAUGGGGAUUCGUAUUUGGUGCAAUAAUAACAGCAAUAACACAACCCCACAAUGGACUGAGUGAAACCUUACCUGUCCCAAAUGGCUUCAGUCUGCACAAAAGACAUCCACAAAACUGUGAGCAAAUAAAUGUUGUCAGUGUGAUUAUUCUGUUGUUGACGAGAAAUGGUAAAGUAAACAGUAGCGUAUUUCAGAGACGGGAUACAUGGAUUAGUGAUCUCAGGAUGGAAAAAAAGAAGAAUGCUCCCAUAAUAACAGGAACUGUGUGUUUCUGAAAAUCUUCUCUACUGGAAUGAUCCUGAAAUGUUGAAUCUUUGCCUGUUGGUUGAAAAUGGCUUAAUAUCUUUAGUGAAUUACCUACAUAAACAUAAGCAAUAGUGAAUGCACGCAAAACACAUACAUUUUUAAACUGUUGUGUGGAUAAAAACAAUAGGAAGACAAUUUAAUUAAGGUUUAUGCUUUGGAGUGUUGUAGAUAAAUAUAUUUAAAUGCUAAGCAAUGAUACAAUUAUAUGGCCAGUGUAUGGAGAAUUUAAAACAGUGUUGGAAAGAUUGAACAAAUAUUAUUUUAGGAUUUUAAGACUGUAAAUACAGGUGCCAAGCAUACAAAGUUAAUUAAAUAAACAUUAUAAGUCCUUUGUAUGUUUCUUGAAAAAAAUCAAGCAUGUUUUUUGUUGAUUGCUUUUUUGACUCUGGUUUCAUAAUGGCAUAUACUGUAUAUAAUGGGUCUUAAAUCAGAAACUUAAUCAAUCAGGUUUGGUCAUAACAACAAAUUCAGAUCGACACAAGUGAAUAUUUAUUUUUAAAUGCUAGUCACUAUGCAAUGUCUUAUUCAGAGAGAAUGUUCUAAAUAGGUUCCAAAUAAAUUCCUCAUAAUCAGAAAACCGUUACUAGUCACUUUCACAACAUACAGUAAAAAAAAAGUACAAUAAAAAUGGUUUUAUUAAUCACUGAAGCCAUUGACAACAUAUCUAUCCCUGCAAUGAACACAUUUGUCAUCUGUUAUAACUAAGGGUUUAAGAGAGAGAAAAUUAUUAUCGAAAAUCAAUAUGUUUAAAAACAAAGGACUGAUUCUGCUGUUUCUCUUUGAUAUAAAGAAGAAAGAGAAGACCAUGUGGAUCAAAUUCAUCCUUCGCACUGUGGUGAUGCAUAUAAAUAUGCCACCUGUUUAAAGAGAGUGAGAGAAGGCAAGGGAGAACGAGGGGGAAGAGAAGAAUAUGUUUGACGUUGCAUGUGGGUAAUUUUUACAUCUCUGGUUUUAAUAUGUCUGCUCUUAAAACAUUUACAGUAUGUAUUUAUGAUCACUUCUCUCAUGUCUCGGCUUUGGUCCUCAUCAUCCAUGCACAGACUUCAGUGAUUUAAAAGCACAAUCAGCAUCCAUUACAUGGAUCUGAAUCAUCAUCAGAAAGUAAACGGGGUGGAAGACCAUGGAGACAUCUCUCUGUAUUGGAAACACCUGUUUUCCAAGUGCAGCUCUCGUAAUGACUGUAUACGCAAUCAAAGGGUUCAUGAUUUCAUAAUUUGGCACAUCUCCAUCAAUCUCAACAUAAUUUCCAAUAAUUUGCAUUAAUUUUAUGAUACUCUGAAACAGGACUUUGGCAAAAUUUCAAAUCAGCCAUCCUCCGUGAUAAAUCAACCACAGGUUCUCAUACUCAGAAUGGUCAAGUAAAUUUAGGAAAUAUAAAUGUAGAAAUGUAAAGGAAAAUAUAUACCUGAAAAAAAGGUGUAUUUCAC